AUGGAGCUGGAAACGUCGGCCAACGUCUCCACCUUCGUGGCCUUUGACGGAGGGGUUCAGCAGCUGAACGGAGAGGACACGGCGCUCAUCUUACCCUUCGUCCUCGGCGCCAUCUGCGCGCUCGGAAUUGGCGGGAAUGUUUUGCUGCUCGCCGUCUUGACGCACAACGUGAAGGCGACGGGUGCCUCGGACACGGCGGCGUUGCUCACCAACCUAAGCGCCGCGGACCUUCUGCUGCUGGCGCUGUGCGCCCCUGCGCGCGCGCUCACCUACCGCGCACGCGCAUGGACCCUGGGGCCAGUGGCGUGCCGCAUGACCGAGUGGCUGCAGCACGGCUGUUUGGCGGGCAAGGCCUUCACGCUUGCGCUGUUGGGCCGCGCGCGCCACGACCUGCAUACCCGCGUGGCAAGCGACGCGCACUUGAAAGUGAAGCGGACCGCUCUGACCGUGUGCGCCGUGUGGACCACGGCGCUAGCCUUUCCCGUCGCUGACAUCGUGUUCUCGAACCUGCACGUGAAGGGUAACGUAAGCCUGUGCGUGUCCGAGUUGGCCCCUCACUCCUCCGGGUUCGUGCGCGCAUAUGGCAAAGUGCUCCCGCUUGCCGCCUACGCCGCUCCUGUCCUCUUCGCCGCCGUAUGCCACAUCCGUAACAUCUUCAAGAGCAUCCCGAGGGCGCGCGAGGCCAGCGCCGCGCGCCGCGGUGAGAUCGCCCUGUCUCUGCUCAGCGUCACGGCGGCCAACGCGCUCGCCUUGCUUCCCGAGUGGGGCGCGUGGGCAUGGUCGCGUCACAGCGCGCGCGAGGGCUGCGGACCGCCUGCCGCCUUGCUAGUGUUCGCGCAGGUGUGCAUGUACCUGUCCAGCGCGCUCACUCCUGCCAUCCUGCUCAGCACGCUCGUGCCGCUUAGGGAGAGCCUGACGCGCGCGUGCGUUCGAGUGGCGAGCCGGCGCGCUGCCGUGAACAACGCAAAAAUGCACAGCGAGGGCGGCACGAGCGAGGUGCUCGCGGACUCAUUAGGCAGGCCUCUACCAGACCUGGAACACUUCUGGAGCGGACGGCAAAACCCCACAGUGCCGGACAACACCGACCCGUUCCCAUGGGAAAGAAUGGACCAGGGCAACACUGAUCUCUGA